CAUCUGGGACUCUCUGCGGAACCAGCAGCAGCAGGAGGGAGGGAGGGGUGAAAGAGUGAAGAGAGAGUCGAUGGUGUGAUGCGAUGCUGCGCUUCGCUUGGUUCGCUUCACGCACAAGACGCGAGUCGGGACGGAGGAGGAGGAGGCAGUGACUGAGUGAGUGAGUGAGUGACUGGGCUCGCGAGAACAAUAACUGACCAGAAUGAUCGCAGCGAGCGGACAACUGGCCGGCCGAGGCUUUGACCUGCGUGAGUUGCAUGGCCGUUAAAAGCCUCGUCGUCCUGCGAAGCGCUCGCGUGAAGGGAAAUUACCGUUCCGCGCUCGCCAUGUUACCGGAGCCUCGCGCGCUCCAUCUCUUCGUCGUCGUCGUCGCCGCUGCAGCAUCAGCAUCCGCAUCGAGCACCACCACGAGCACGAGCACGAGCCCCUGCCCCAUUCCCAGCCCCUGCCCCGCUCCGCAUUUCCUCGCCGACGCUCGCUCGCUGCUCCUCUGCCUCUCCCUCGGGCCAAUCUUUGCCUCCCCCUCUGCCGUCGCCCGUCCGCUGCUAUUUCUCGCCUCCGCCUCGUAACUUCUCGUCUCGUGUCGUCCCCUCGCCCUCCUCCGCGCAGCCGCAGGAGCAGCGGCAGCCAGUCGCAGCGUGCGGCGUCUCGCGCUCGUCCUCCGCCUUGUCUUCCUCGUCCAUCGUCCUGCAUUCUGGGGCCAUCCGAGGUCUUGCUGCUGUGCCUGCCUCUGCUCGCCGGACAGCCGCCUUUCGUUCGCGGGUUCUCGUUGGGCUGUGCGCGAGAGGGUGGUCCGCCUCUUCGGACGGUCGUUGCUGCUGGCACAUGCGGCUGUUUUCUCACAGUGGUUCGUAGCUUGUGGCCUUGCCGGCCGAGGUCUCUGGCGCUGGUUGUGGUUCUGGCGGGCGGGUUUUGUUGCGUCGAUAUGGUGUGGUGGUAAAUUGUGGUGGUGUGGAGAGGCCCGAGGAAGGGUUGGGGAAGGAGGGAGUGGAUGAGUGAGUGAGUGAGUGAGCGAGCGAGCGAACGGGGGAAUGAAUGAGUGAAUGACUGAUUGGCAGGAGGCAGGGCGCAGGAUGUGUCUUGACGAGUUUGUGGAGAAAUGAGUGUGAAUGGAGAGCAUUGAAACUGAAUUGUGUGGCAGUUGGGCGCAGCAGGGGAGGGAUUGCUUCUGGAUAUGAGGGAUUUGGGUUUGUGAAUGCGCUCAAGUGGAGGUUGUGAGGAUGCAAUGGCGUGGGUAGGAAGGCGGUUCUAAGGAAAGCAGAGCUGCCGUAGCAGGACAGUGAAGGGUGGGGAGCAGGCACUGUGCAGUGGGAGGGAGUGGGCCGUGGGCGAGUUUCCUUAAUGGAAAGGACGGCCAUCCGAGCAGGCGUCGGUGAUUUUUUAAGUUCUGAGGUUCGGUGAGGCGGUGGUGAAGCUCCUCAGGAUCUACGAAUGCAGGCGGUGCAGCACAGGCGUGCACCUUCAGCACGCCGUGGAAAUGGUGCGGCGCCACGGUUGGCAGCUUCCGGCUCACACCUUCCAGGUGGUGGCUAUCACAGUCUUUUUCCUCUUGGCAGUAGCCUUCUACGUCUUUCUGGCCCCUUUUUUGUGGUUCCACGCACUCGAAUAUGCCGUACUGGUGCUCUAUUCCCCCCUGGCCUUCGGGGUGUUCCUCCUAUACGUCCGCUCCUCUGCGAUCGACCCAGCUGAUCCCGGGGUAUUUGGCAGUCAACCUCUGUCCAAACAUACUAGAAAGGGAUCCUUUUCGGAAGCCUCUCUUGGGAUGACCCCGUCAGAUACAAUCCGUCCUUUGUCUCCAGGAUUAUCAACACCAUCACGAAGCUCCUCGGUCAUGCCAUCUGAUAGUCACUUUGAUCGCAAAACGCCAUAUGGUGAUCAGCCGAGAAUUGGAUGGCGAAAAAAGAGAAAUCCUUUUUCAUUUACAGCUAUUUGUUGUUUAUUCUGCGGUUGGGUCGUAAAAGACGAUAGCUGUAAGGACGACUUCAAGCUACAACAACCCGUGGCAGAGGAGGACGUUCUAUUUUGCACGUUGUGCAACGCAGAGGUUCGCAAAUUCAGCAAGCACUGUCGAAGCUGCGAUAAGUGUGUUGACGGCUUUGAUCACCAUUGCAGAUGGCUGAAUAAUUGCGUUGGAAGGAAAAAUUAUAAUACAUUUGUAGCCCUUAUGGCGACAAGCCUUACGCUGCUGGUGCUCGAGUGGGGAGUCGGAAUCGCCGUUUUAGUGCGAUGUUUCGUUGAUAAGAGAGGCAUAGAACAUCAAAUCAUCGAUAAACUUGGCAACGGCUUUUCUCGAGCACCCUUCGCCACAGUAGUGGCCAUCUGUACACUGGUUUCGCUCCUUGCCUCCAUACCCUUGGGAGAACUCUUUUUCUUCCACCUGAUCUUGAUCAGAAAGGGAAUAACAACUUAUGAGUAUGUAGUCGCGAUGAGAGCACAAAACGAGCCGCAAGGCUUGUCUAUUGAUGGAGAACCCCAUAGCAUCCCAACUUCUCCUUCGAGUUCGACUGCUACCGGGUUAAGUGGUUCCAGUUCACUGGGACUUCAAUACAGUCGGGGUGCCUGGUGUACACCCCCGAGAGUGUUUGUUGAGCACCAAGACGAAGUCGUCCCUCAUUUGGGGCCAGGGAGAGUGCCAUCGACUAUUGACCCGGACGCUGGAAGUGCGCUUACUAGACAUGACAACAGGCACAAGAAAGGCGCGGUGAGAAUCAGCGCGUGGAAGCUGGCAAAGCUUAACGCAGAUGACGCAACACGAGCUGCCGCUAAGGCUCGGGAAAAUUCUUCGAUCUUACGUCAACUAGGUCCCCGGGACUAUGGAAUUGUGGAAGGGGAAUACACUUCGAGCAGUAACAUGAGUAGCAGAAGCAGCAUGAGUGCUGACUAUCUGAACAGUAAACGGAGGAUCAGGGAUGAUUCGUCUUUGGGAUCUGUAAAAGUUGACCUCCCUGCCAUUCGCACCACCCGGGAUGAUUCUAGUGUUCAUUAUGAACCCACCGACUUAGGACAUCGCAGUAGAAGCAGCGGCAGUAGUCCUAGUCACACUCUUACCGAUUCUACUACCUUGAGCCCUCUUCCUGCAGAGCGCAGGUUUGGACCUUCUUCGUCCACCUCCGGGAUGCGGAUGUCUGGGCCUAAUACCAGAAAUCCAGAAGAAGUAGGCGCACCGGUUAUCAUGGUGGGCGCUUCGCACAUCAGAACGCAUUUGCCUGCCCACCAUGCAUCAGCAUUGUCUCAUUCCUCCGCAGACUUCUCACGAGCAUGGAGUGGACCAGCAGCUUCCAGUGAUGGUUAUGAAGCUUCUAGUGGCGAGAGUGCAGACGAUGCAGCUCUCCCUCGCAUCAAUCAGUAUCCAUCGAGAGGAAGAGUCCUCCCAGAUCACGUUACUUUAUCCGUGAAGGAAGGAAAGCAAGCUGCAUUGUACUGGGACAGGUCUUCAGGAAGAUACAAUCCUCCUAAAGCACGCGGCAGAGGCGAUGGAGGCGACCACACCGGAACGAGUAGUACCUCAGUGUACACCCAAAAUAGCAGACGUGCUUGGCCUGAGCCCUCCGCAACACCCUCUUCUCUUUCCGAUGAUCCAGUAUCCUCUGAGUACGCUGCUGGAAGAUAUUCACCGUCGCAACGAUUUUCUCCUUCCCAGACAAGCACUUCGACACACGAUGUGUCUCCUAGUCUGCCCAGCUCGUCUCUUAUACCCGAUAACCUUGUAUACAGUGGAACAUCCAUCUUCUACGGGGGUCCCAUUGCAGAACCACCGGUCAUUGUCAAGGAGCCGCAGCAGCAUAGUCACAGCCUUCCACCCAAACCUCCUUCUGAUACCAAAAAUCUUCCGAAAUCGUCCGUGACACCUGAAGCCAGGGUCCCUCGAUCAACAAUAAGAUCCCAGUCGCCUAUCUUCGCACCACGUGCCAUGCUUUCCUUCUCCCCUCUAGGUCCAGGUGCUUCAUCUUAGCUCAGUUCUGUACGAUACUACUGCUCAAGGUGUGUGGGCGCAUUGCCUCUGGACUGAAGUUGACAGUCAGUCAGCCUUGGGAACUUACAACGGCUUUGAUGGAUUUAUGUACGAGGGACAAGCCACGCAUAGCCGCCUCCAGCGUCCAAACCUUUACUUUUUGUCUAUGGAAGCAUAUAUUUUCAGCGAGUAGGAAAGAGCUAAACGGCCAAUCGAAGGAGUGGCUGCGUCAUUGGGGUUAUUCCUUUCGGCACAUCACAUUAUCUGGAGGCAGAGUAUGGAAUGCAACGAUGAGAGGGAACAAGUUGAUCCAGGAGGAGCCUAAGCGUUGCAGUUGACUGAUUACUGUUCUUGAGUCCAUUGUCGCGGCCCCCGCAGCCGAGAGGUGGACAGUUUAACAGUGAGAAUACUGUGACGAUAAUCAGCGAUUCUGGCACAUCGGAGUGGAACCUACAGCGGAGAUUCCUCACAAAUGGUUGCCUUGACCCGAGCGGAAACACCUACUAAGAGAGGCCGCCAGCCAUCAUGCACGAGAAUAUGUAGAUCCUGAGAUCUUGUGAGAGUCUCGUUCUUAAGUUUCCACUCCGUCACGAUCCUAAAACCGUGUCUUAUCGAGUCAACUGCAGCAGCUUCAGGUGACAAGUGAGAAUGAAGCUCCCUGAAUUGCUUUCUCAUCCCAUUAAUUCGUUUUUACGAGGAAACAUUUGUGGCGUAAAUCAACGCCCUCCAAAAUUUUACAGAAAUCAACAUUUGGCAAUAAAACUACAAUCGCCUCUCCGUCAAACC